AUGGAUCCCCCUGGGCACGGGGAACCAGAAACCAAUCGGGCAGCGAGGACCUGGGCCGCGGCGCUGGGGAUCCCUAUGAGAUCUCUAGCGCUCAGGGCCCGAGCGCGGCAGCUCCCUGAGAAGCAGGCCUCGGGGGGCGGCGCGGGGCGCAGAGCAGCGAACACCCGGGGGCUCAUUCUGCGCAUGGAGAGCCGAGGGGAGGGACCCGGCCCGGCUGGCGAGUCCAGCGAGAUGGCAGCGACGCUGCGAGCCGCCAAACAAGCGCUGCGCGCGGAACUGAAGCGGCGGCUGAGGGCGCUGAGCGAGGCGGAGAAGCAGCGCCAGUCCCGCCUGCUGAGCCGCAAGGUGAUUGGGCAUUCCAAGUACCAAGAGUCCCAAAGAAUUGCAAUCUUUCUGAGUAUGCACGACGAAAUUGAGACAGAAGAAAUCAUUAAAGACAUAUUUCAGAGAGGGAAGGAGUGUUUCAUUCCACAGUACAAGCCCCGGAGCAGUCACAUGGAUAUGGUCAAGUUAACUUCCGCUGAAGAAAUUUCUUCACUUCCUUUGACAUCUUGGAACAUUCAUCAGCCUUGUGAUAAUGAUGUAAGGGAAGAAGCUUUGUCUGGGGGAGGCCUUGACCUCAUCCUCAUGCCGGGCCUUGGGUUUGAUAAAAGCGGCAACAGAUUGGGAAGAGGGAAAGGAUACUAUGAUACCUACCUUGAACGAUGCAUGCAUCAUCCCAAAGGAAAACCUUACACCAUUGCCUUGGCUUUCAAGGAACAGAUCUGUGACUCAGUGCCAGUGGCAGAAAAUGAUAUCCAAAUAGAUGAAAUCCUUUAUGAAGAUAGCUAA